GCUGAAGAAGAAGAAGAGGAAGAAGGAGUUUCUUGUGGUCGUUGUCGUUGCUCGACGUACAGAAAAAUCUAGCGAAAAUUUAUAAAAUUGCAGUUAAAUUGAUCAAAUUAAAACAAACAAAUAUAAUACUAAUAGAAUUUAUUCCUUAAUUGACGUCGGAAAACGGUUAAGGAGCGGCGAGCAACGGAAAGAUUAAAAAUAGUUAGAGAAGGAUAAAAGCAGACGAAACUAAGAGCUGAUAACCUAACUAAGUUUAAGUGGAGGAGGUAUAGAGUGUGAAGCAGAAAAUCGAAAGACUGAAGGAAGCUGAUUUAAGCCAGGUGGAGGUGCGCUAAUUAACAGCGCUGUACCACAAUUGUAGAAGGAUAUUUUCAGGGAAGAGCCUACGCUUAGAACUUCUAUUUGCCUAAUUUUGGACUGUUUAUUUCUACAUAAUUCAAUCAAAUUCAUUCAACAACUUGCACUUGCCGCAAUUUAUAAAAUUGCAUCGUGUUAAUUCUUGAAAGGCAGAGAAUACGGAAACAAAAUGGAUGAUUUAAUGGUUGAAGUCAGGCUCGACAAUGGCGCCUAUUAUAAGGGCAUGGUGACAGCUGUAUGCGACGAUGGCGUUUUCGUGGAGGUUGAUGGCUGCCCCGAGGUACAAAAAUAUCCUUUCUCAAAUGUGCGUUUCCCGCCAGAAGAGAACGAGAAUCCGCCCACUUUUGAGGAAGGUAUGGAAGUGGAAGUGUUCACCCGUUCGACGGAGCGUGAAUCAUGUGGCUGGUGGAUUGCUUCCAUAAAAAUGAUUAAGGCUGACAUCUGCGCUGUUGCGUAUAUUGGCUUCGAAACACCGUACACCGAAAUCUGUGAAUUGAAGCGUUUACGCGUCAAAAAUCAAAAUCCGCCAUUGACGUCCAAGUCGUUCUAUCAGUUCUCGAUACCCGUACCAGAGGAAUUGCGACAGGAAGCGCAAAAGGAUGGUAUUCACAAGGAAUUUCAGCGUACAAUAGGUGCUGGCGUGUGUGUUUACAAUCGUGACUUGGAUAGUCUGAUUGUGAUUUCCAAAUGGGAAUACACUCAGAAACGUGCUAGCAUGCUGAAGGAUAUGCAUUUUCGCAAUUUGGCACAGAAGGUAAUGCUGCUAAAACGAACUGAGGAAGCUGCGCGCCAAUUGGAAUCCACUAAACUGCUUAAUCGUGGUUAUACCGAUGAAUUUCAAGUACGCGAAGAUUUGAUGGGCUUGGCCAUAGGUUCACACGGUGCCAAUAUACAAGCUGCUCGCCUCUUGGAGGGUGUUACAAAUAUCGAAUUAGAAGAGAAGUCGUGCACCUUCAAAAUUACCGGUGAAUCAGAGGAUGCUGUGCAGCGGGCACGCUCUAUGUUGGAGUAUGCCGAGGAAUUCUUCCAGGUUCCUAGAGAGUUGGUGGGCAAGGUAAUUGGCAAAAAUGGUCGAAUCAUACAGGAAAUCGUGGAUAAAAGUGGAGUAUUUCGAAUUAAGGCGUUGGGAUUCGCUCAGAUCGCAGGCGAUGACGAACAGGAUCAGAAUAUACCACGUGAGCAUGGUCAUGUACCGUUUGUGUUCAUCGGCACCGUUGAAAGUAUUUCGAACGCCAAAGUGUUGCUGGAAUAUCACUUAGGGCACUUGAAGGAGGUGGAGCUGCUGCGUCAGGAAAAAUUGGAGAUCGAUCAACAACUGCGAGCAAUACAAGAGUCCACAAUGGGAUCUAUGCAAAAUUUCCCCGUCACACGGCGAUCGGAAAGAGGGUACAGCAGUGACAUUGAGUCGGUGCGUUCGGGUCGUGGAGGACCGCGCGGGCGUGGUAGAGGACGAGGUGGUGGUAAUGGUGGCAAUCAGCGUUAUCAUCAAGGUCGUCGGGACGAUGAUGACUAUAAUUCCCGCGGUGAUCAUCGUUACAACGAUCGCAGCGCUGGCGGUGGUGGCGGCGGCUAUCGUGGCGGAAAUGAUCGACGAGGCGGUGGUGGUGGUAAGCAAAAUGGACGCAGAGAACAAAAUGGCAGGGAUCUAGGCAGAGAUCAUUACCACAAUCAUAAUGCGGAUAUGCGUGAGGACACGCGUGAAUUGAGUAGCGUUGAAAGAGCUGAAAGCAAUUCGUCAUACGAAGGCAGUUCAAGAAGACGCAGAAGGCAAAAGAACAAUAACGCUGCUCAUAACACGAAUGGUGGGGUUACCAAUAACAAAUCCCAACAAAACAAACAGCCACAAAACGCAGAUAACAACAAAAUCAACAGUGGAGGUGGUGGCGGAGGAGCUGGAAGCUCGUCGGAGCGAUCCAAACAACAGAGCGUGAACAGCAAAGAUGGCAGCAAUGUGGCAAUUAAGGGUAACCUUGAGAAACCACAACAGCAACAGCAGCAGCAAUUACAACAGCAGCAGCAGCAGCAGCAGCAGCAGUUACCACCGCAGCAACAGCCGCUGCAACAACAACAGCAGCAGCCACAACAGUCGCAGCAGCAACAGCAGCAGCCGCAUCAUCAACAACAGCAUCAGCAGUCGAAACCGAGACGCAACAACAAAAACAAUAGAAACAAUCAUGCGGACUCGCUGCAGCCACAGGAUAACAACAAGCGGGAGACACUUGUUAAUGGAACGUCCUAAUGGGCAGUAAAAAUGUCUGUGCAUACAAUAGCCUCAGCCGCGACUGCAACAACAACAGCGACAUCAGAAUAUGUAGUAAAAGCAACAACAACAAACGAUGAGGAAUUAGGAUGCAGCAUAACAACUUCGAAGCAUUAAAUGAAUUGAAUGAGUUGAAAAAACUAAAACACAAAAUAAUUAA